AUGGAGGCGGUGCACCCUGUUGCCAUGCGCUGGCCGGCAGUGAUUCAGGCACUAGAGAAACUAACUAAACCAGAUAAGGGAAUGGGCUGUAAUGCCCCGGCCAAUGCCCAGAUCGUGCACUCGGGUGCAGCAUGUAACGUCAAGGAGGAUAACAUCAGUGAGAGGAUCUACACCAUCAAAGAAGGAGACACACUUGUUCUCCAAUGUAUCGUCAAAGGACAUCCCCGGCCACAGGUCCGCUGGACCAAGACAGCAGGCAGUGCAUCAGACAAGUUCCAAGAAACGUCCAUCUACAAUGAGACGCUUCGCAUCGAGGGCAUCCAGAGGGUGCAGGGGGGUCGCUACUACUGCAAGGCUGACAACGGGGUGGGGGGUGGCUGCAUCAAGUCCAUCCGUGUAGAUGCCCAAUACCUGGACACACCGGUGCUGACGGUGCAUCAGACCAUCAGUGACGUACGAGGCAGUUACUACCAGGAGAAGACCGUGUUCCUGCGCUGCACUGUCAACUCCAACCCACCUGCCCGUUUCAUCUGGAAACGUGGAAACACACCCAUUGAACAGAGCAAGGACAACGGAGUGGACAUCUACGAGCCACUGUAUACGCAGGGUGAGACUAAGGUGCUGAAAUUGAAGAACCUGAGGCCCAAGGACUUUGCCAACUACACUUGCCAAGUGUCUGUCCGCAACGUGUGUAACAUUGAAGAUAAAUCAGUCACCUUCAGGCUCACCAAUGCCACCUCGCCCCCAGCUCUCCGGCUGUCAGUUAAUGAGACACUGGUGGUGGACCCUGGGCGUGAUGUAACCCUGACCUGUGAGGUGACUGCCGGCUUCCCCCCACCCACUGUGACAUGGUCACGGUACCCUGGCUCUCUGCCUCUCAGUGCUCAGGUCCGUGGAGGUUCAUUGAUGCUGCGGGCUGUCACACCAGGUGAUGCAGGCUUCUACAACUGCACAGCUGUCAACAACGUGGGCAAUCCUGCACGCAGAAAUGUGAACCUCAUUGUCAGAACAAUGACCAACCUGACCUUCCAGAUCACACCUGACUCCAACAAAGACAGUGAGACCAUCCAGAUGGGUCGUGACCUCAAGCUGUCCUGCCAUGUAGACGCCACACCGCAGGACAAGGUCAACUACACGUGGUACAAGAAUGGUGCGCCUGUCUACAACUCCGAGAGCCUCAUUUUGCUGCGUAGUGACCCGGACAUGGCCCCCGGCACCAGCAGUUUGGAGAUUGUGGAUAUGAAGUUCCGUGACCUGGCCACUUACAGUUGCGUGGCCUACUUCCCUGGGAGCAGGGUGCCUGAGCUCCGUGUGGAUGUCAACAUCUCUCAGAAUAGUGUCACGCCUCCAGUACUGGCGCCACCUGCAGGGGGCAACAUGGUCAGUGUGAGAGAGGGAGGUAGCACUGAGCUGGUGUGUUUGGUUGUAGAUGGCAAGCCACGCCCGCCUGUACUGUGGUCACGGACAGACAAGGAGAUGCUAAUGCCAUCGGGAAAGGCCAUGGUGGAAACACGGGAUGGCCACCUCAGGUUAACCAAUGUCACCCGGGAAAUGAUGGGAUUUUACAGGUGCCAGACUGCACCUUACAAUGGUCUUAACAUCAAACGGCGUGAAGCACAGGUCCAACUCGUCGUGCAGUAUGCUCCCAUACUGGAUCCAGUUUUUCAGGAUAUGCGUUCAAGGAACUACCAAAUCGUGACCCUGAGCUGUGUGGUGCUGCGUGUCAAUCCAUCGCGCCUCACCAGUGUUCGUUGGUUCCGUAACGGUGAACUGAUCCUCAUGCCACCAAUAGACCUUAAGGAGACCCUGGAGCUGAAGUUUAAGCUUGAUCCUACCAACAACGGCUCCUAUGAAUGUCAAGUUAGCAAUGUUGCAGGGACAUCCACGUGCAAAUUUAAUGUUUCUGCACGUCCCUACAAUGCUGAGUUCUACUAUGACACACCCAACCCCAUCCGGAUUCUGAAAGGGAACAACUAUUCCUACAACCUGCAGUGGACACAAAAAGAUCCUGAGGCCACAGACCAUAUAAUGGGCUACUGGAUCAAUGUUCGUAAGAACAAGCAGAACAUCCUGUCCAAACAGAUAAAUCUGAAAGGUGUGGAGCCUGUGAAAGGUGUGUUGAUGUCCCAUGUUGUAUCGGACCUGCGGAUUCCUCUGGCAUAUGAGGUCCGACUGGCCCCCAUCACCACCUAUAGCACUGGGGACUACAUCAGUCGGAUAAUUCAAUACUCUGAACCCUAUACCUACCCAAGACCUUCAGACCAUGUGUGUGGCUUUGAAGAUGAGCGAAUCUGUGGAUUUUCUCAAGAUCGGAGUGAUGUAUUUGAUUGGACAAGACAGAACCAUCUGACCCAGAAUCCAAAGCGAUCUGCAAAUACCGGCCCAGAGAUGGACCGCAGUGGAACAAAGGAGGGUUAUUACAUGUACAUCGAGGCAUCACGGCCAAGGAUUCCAGGUGACAAGGCCCGGCUCCUGUCUCCACUCUUCAAUGUGACCUCAGUCAGGGGCCCCAAGGGCUCUGGUAGGGUCCCUUACUGUGUCUCCUUCUACUACCACAUGAAGGGAAAAAGCAUUGGUACCCUCAAUGUGCUGCUAAGAGUAAGAAGCAUUGCUUCUGUGGACUCAGUGGCCUGGACGAGAUCUGGGCACCAGGGCUCUGAAUGGAAAAAGGCUUUCUUUGACAUUAGCCCCGGCGGACCUUUCCAGAUUGUGUUUGAGGGAAUCCGGGGCCCAAGCUUCGAGGGUGACAUUGCCAUCGAUGAUGUGUCCAUUACCAAAGGGAAGUGCAAGCAGGAGAGCUCUGUGGCCAGCACAGUUCUGAUUGGGGAAUCCUUAAUGCUGCACCCACUUCCAUUGACCAGUUGGCUGACCUUUGCCCUCUGCUGCUUCCUGAUCUACAGAUGAUGAGCACUUGCCACAAUGUCACGUGUCUGCCAUGACGGACACUACCCCGACUCUCUACUCUCCCACCUGACCUGUGUUUAUUCCCUUCAACCGCUCUUUUCCAUGCCCUUUG